UGGCGCUCAACCGCGUUUCUUCAAGGGAUGCAAAAGAUAGCGCCAACCUUUCCUUUCUCGUUACGAACCACUUCUCUCUUUUAUUCAUCGCAACAGGUAUACAGUCUCGACUCGAAGAAAGAGCCAAGUCGGCGACGCUUUGCGAGUGUAGAGAACCUGCCUUCCACCUUCGCUACGAGGAGUAGGGUCUUCACAAGCCCCUCAUACUCGAACUGCUUGCGGCUGGUUCGCAAGUCGCCACUGCAGCUCCAAAUAUCUUCUUCGGCGCUUAUCUGUCCUACAGUGCGCUACAAUAGCGUGCGAACGUUCUUGUACAGGUUCACAUUCCCAAAAGCUUCGCCGCAACCUGCACCACCAGCGGUUGCGACUAAUUAGAUCAUCGCUGCGACCUUGCCAACCCCACCCUCUAACGACAUAAGCCCUGAGGUAUCGGACCGUUGCGGUUGAGAAAGUGGAUGCGGCGAGCGUGACGUGCGAGCAGUACAAGCAAGGGACCAGCAGCAGCGCACCUGCGGAGAACGCGCUCGCGGGCGCCAUCAGCCCCAUCGUCAUUUCACGCGCGGCAGCGGCGACGCUCCCUUCGGCACUGCGGCAAAGACGGCCCGAGCCAGCGGCAGCGACCCGCCAAGCAGGAGGAGCAUCCAAACGGGACUCACCUGAGGGUGCGCCCUGGUGACGCCAGCAUGCCUUUGCCAUGAUGAAUUAGCCCCCUGCUGCACCUCUGGCACUGUCAUGACGAAAGCAUAUGACUUCAACUGGCAACGUCCUGUACCUGAAGCCCUGCUCAAGGGAUGCAUCUUUGACCGUUGGGAAGAGGAAAAAGAACAAGUUGUCUACGAACCGAAUGCUUUGUUCCGAGUUGACGAGUAUGGAUUUUUCAUCUAUUGGAACAGCGACGGAAGGGAUGGUCAGGUGCUCGAAUUGUCACAAGUGAAUGACAUAAGGGCUGGCGGAAUACCAAAGGAUGUGAGACUACUGGCAGAGCUGAGCAGCAAAAACCGGUACGGCCUAGACGAGGUUUCACUGACCAUCUGCUCAGGCACGGACAUGGUCAACAUCAACUACACACAUGUCGUCUGCCCAGAUCCUGAAACAGCCAAGGUGUGGCAAGCUGGCCUGCGCAGCAUCACCAACAACAUCAAAGCCAACAAUGUGUGCCCCGCCACCUGCCUUGAAAAACAUUGGAUCAAGCUAGGAUUCCUGGUGGAUCCAGAUGGAAAAUUACCAGUUCGAAGGAUAGCACAGACAUUUGCAUCAGGCAAGACUGAGAAGCUGGUGUACCAAUGCAUUGGCGAUGUUGGACUCCCAAGUGGCAAGAAUGAUGUCAUCGAACCGAAGGAGUUCACCCUCGAGAAGUUUCAAGAGUUGUACCAAAGGGUCUGUCCCCGCAAUGACAUCGAGGAGCUUUUCAAUUCCAUAACGGAAAGCAAGACAGAUUACAUCAGCCUGAAGCAGUUGAUCACAUUUCUCAAUGAAAAGCAACGCGACCCACGGCUAAAUGAGAUCCUGCACCCGUUCUACGAUGAGCGGAGGGCACGGGAGAUUGUCACUGCCCACGAGGCCAACCCCGACAAUGUGCGGGAGGGUCGGCUCAGCCAGGGGGGCCUGGUGCGCUACCUCAUGUCGGAUCAGAAUGCGCCCGUGUUUCUCGAUCGGCUCGACAUGUACAUGGAGAUGGACCAGCCGUUGUCCCACUACUACAUCAACUCCUCCCACAACACCUACCUCACGGGGAGGCAGUUUGGAGGCAAGUCCUCCGUGGAGAUGUACCGGCAGGUGCUCCUAGCAGGAUGCAGGUGCGUGGAGCUUGACUGCUGGGAUGGCAAAGGCGAGGACGAGGAGCCCAUCAUCACACAUGGCAAGGCCAUGUGCACCGACAUCCUCUUCAAGGAUGUCAUCUAUGCCAUCAGGGACUGUGCAUUUGUGACUUCCGAUUAUCCUGUGAUUCUUUCAUUUGAAAAUCACUGCUGCAAAAAGCAGCAGUAUAAACUUGCCAAGUAUUGCCUGGAUAUUUUUGGUGACCUGCUGAUUACUGAACCACUGCCAAGUUAUCCGUUGGAACCAGCAGUACCGCUUCCAAGUCCCAACGACCUCAAGAGGAAGAUUCUCAUAAAGAACAAGCGACUCAAGCCAGAGGACGAAAAGCGUGAACUGGAGCUCUGGCGGAAAGGACAGCUUCAGAAUGAUGACGAGGAGGAAGAGAAGGAAGAUGCCUCGGUGCCAAAUACAUCUCAAAAAGACUUGUCGCUGGACAAGGUACUGGAGGAGCAGCUGGCCAUGGCCCACUACCAGUACACGGGGGCCACGGUGCACGUGCACCCGGUGCUCUCAUCACUGGUUAACUACGCGCAGCCCGUCAAGUUCCAGGGCUUCGAUGUGGCCGAGGAACGGUCCAUCCACUUCAACAUGUCCUCGUUUGCCGAGACGGCUGCCCUCGGUUGCCUCAAAUCACAGGCUAUCGAGUUUGUCAAUUACAACAAGCGACAGCUGAGUCGCAUUUAUCCUAAAGGAACAAGGGCUGAUUCAAGCAACUUUCUUCCACAGAUCUUCUGGAAUGCGGGCUGCCAGAUGGUGGCCCUCAACUUCCAGACACCUGACCUUCCCAUGCAGCUCAACCAGGGCAAGUUUGAGUACAACGGCGGCUGCGGGUACCUUCUGAAGCCUGACUUUAUGCGACGGGCAGACAAGUCCUUCGACCCAUUUGCGGAGUCACCCGUGGACGGUGUGAUUGCGGCCCAGUGUUCGGUGCGGGUGCUGUCGGGCCAGUUCCUGUCGGACAAGAAGGUGGGCACAUAUGUCGAGGUAGACAUGUAUGGACUUCCCACGGACACCAUCCGCAAGGAGUUUCGCACCCGCAUGGUUCCUGCCAACGGACUCAACCCUGUCUACAACGAGGAACCCUUCGUCUUCCGAAAGGCAUUUCUUCCCGAUCUGGCUGUGAUCCGGAUAGCUGUCUAUGAUGAGAAUGGUAAAAUGCUGGGUCAGCGCAUCCUUCCCAUGGAUGGCCUGCAAGCAGGCUAUCGGCAUGUCUCUCUCCGGACAGAGGGCAACUUCCCCAUGUCACUGGCCAUGUUGUUUAUCUGCAUUGAGCUCAAGAUCUACGUUCCAGAUGGCUUGGGAGACUUGAUGGAUGCCCUGUCAGAUCCACGGGCAUUCUUGUCGGCCCAGGAGAAGCGACUUGUCCAGAUGCGUGCCAUGGGCAUCGAGGAGGCCGACAUCCUCGUCAACCGGCCUGAGCUUGGCUCCCAGCAAAAGAAAGACGACGAAAAGCGGGAGGAGUGGCGUGUGGAGGCCAUCACGGUGGACGCACUGCGGGCAGAGAAGGAGUACAUCAAGCUGCGGCGCAAGCAGAUGAAAGAGCUCGAGGGAUUGCGCAAGAGACACCACAAGGAUAAGCAGCACGUGCAGAAGCAGCAGUGCCUGGCCGUGGAGAAGCUUUUGCCGCGGGAUGCUGGCGACGACUCGGGCACGGCUGCCAGCGAGGACUGCGCAGUGCGGUCACUCGUGGUCAACCAGAUGCACCAGUGGUCGUCCCUGCUGGCCUCGCAGCGCAGCCAGGAAUGGGAGCUGCUGCGCCAGCAGCUCACCCAGCAGGGGGCCCUGCUGCGCACACUCAUGCUCAAGGCACAGGCCGCUCAGAUGAAGCAGCUGGACGCAAAGUUCGAGAGGGAGAACAAGGAGAUGAAGACCAAGCAGGCCAAGGUGUCGGUGGAGACGGCACGGGAAGUGUCCAGUGACAAGACAUUGCGCAACAAGGCAGAGCGAGAACGGCGAUUGCGUGAGAAGAACAGCAACAACACCAAGAAGUUCAUCGAGGAGCGCAAGUCAGCGGCACUGAAGCAGAGCAAGGAACGCGAGCGCCUCAAGAAGGUCCACGAGAAGCAGCUGCACGACCUGCAGCGCGAGAUCGACAAUGGCCUGGAGCUGUACAACACGGCCGAGCUGGAGUACAAGCUGUGUGCCAAGCUGGAGUGCUUCGUGUGACGCCUGCCCGAUAAGUGGGGUGCUUCCCUGGCUGCUAACUGCUGCCGCUGCCACGACACGAGGAGGGAGGCCUGCGAUUCCGGCGUCGUCCAAGGUCGGCGCUCGGCAACCGGGGCAUGGCCCGACCACACACGUGCAAGCUUCCCUUCACGUUUUCUGUGCCACAAAUGAGCUGUGCACACUGUGGCAGAUUGUCACAAUGACACAGCCUGUCGUGGAUUCAAAUUCAGGGAGCAGGUGACGUUAUGCUCUCAUUGGUAACCAAGGUUGCCAUUACCGAAAGGCAUUCAUUGGCCUUCUGAGUGCAUUUUCAUGUUCAAUAUACUUGCGCGUGAUUGCAUGACUUUCUUGUAACUAAGAGGAAUCCCCUGCACAAUGAGCUGAAAAGAUAGUUUAGGUGACAUUGUAGUAGCGGUCUCUUUAUUUUUUUCUCUCAUUAUAUGAUAUAAGUUAGGGCUGCUGUGUGGAUUUCAGCAGCACAUUUGUCUUCCUGCAAAGUCAGUCAGUGGAAAAUAUGUGCUCUAAUCUGAAAAUCAUGGCAUCGGAAUCUUACAAUAACCAAGUGAUGUUAUUUUUCCCUGGUGAAACAGACCACAAUCGUGGGAAAAUUUUUCAGUGCAACAAUGUCUUUUGCAGGGGGCUGUCUGAUCACUCUAGGUCUGAGUGGAAGUGAGACCUUUUACUUUGUUAAAUUUCUGGGCAGACUGAGGGCUUGUUUCAAUCUGCACAAACUCUGCAUUUCACACAAAGGGCAGCACAGGAAUGGCUGUUGAUUUGAUAUUGUUGUUACUGAGCACGCUCUUCCUGUAGACAAGCAGUGUAGUUGUUGAAGCAUUGCUGAAGCUCAAUGUUGACGCGACGACACAUGUCAAGACAGAGAAGGUGACACAUUUUGGAUGCGCAUAUUGUUAGCCUUCAGUGGAUGGUCAUAUAAACCAGAAAUUAUUUAUGUUGAGGCCUGCCCAAUUGCUUCAUGAAAUCUUUGUAUGUUUCUAGUGACAGCACAAGGCGUGAGGCCAUCUUAAGGCUAUCUUGUUUUCAUAAUUGUGAGGUUUAUAAUUUUCUACCUGCUCCCCACCAUUGUGUUCCUGCAGUAUUUUUGUUUUUGAGAGCACUGUAAGGUGGUCUUGUUCUUCUCCUUUAGUUAAUUUUUCUUGACGUAAACCAUAUUAAACGUGCAGCAACCAGUCAGUAACUGCUCAUACACAUUUAAGCAAUUCCAUCGCAUGGUGUACUGGCACAAAAUGCAGUUCAGGGCAUCCCUGUUGGAAGACUCGGAACUGCCCGCACUUAAAUGCUAAAGCACUAAAUUUUAGACCGAGUUGGCCAGUGUGCUGGAAAAGCAUGGUAACUGAGAAAAGUGAGAAUACCUAAGACUAGCUGUUCAUUCGUCAUCUGAAUUCAGAUAAGUUUUUGUAUACAAGACAGAUUGCACUUGCUGCAACAAGCAUUGACAGCAACGUACAAGGAAACGUGCACUUGAAAGUGUCCACCAAUAAUCUAGUCUUGAAGCUCUUUAAUGGCACAUUUGAUUGGUUUCUUUCAAGCACUCUAGAGAGCUUUGGCCAUGCGCUUUGCGUUCGGCAAGUCGAAAUCAAGUGCGUGAAACACGUUUACCUGGUUCAUUCAGAGCACUCGUCACCUCUGCACUGGGAGCCCUGCAGAGAUCCGACAGGACUCCAGUCACAUGACUUUUCCAAUUGCUCUAGGAGUGGCUGCACGGUUAGCUCGGGCAUGCUUUUUCUCCACUGUCGAGAGGCCUCCACAUUGCCGCAAGUCGAGUCGAAGCAUGGUGGGAACUCCUUUGAGUGUAGAGCAGGGCCUUUCUCGAGUCGUGCAACUGCUUGCCACCUCUCCGUCUGCACGGUGCUUUGGUGCCAAUUAAUGCUGCACUACGUUCUUUUGUUUCUAGCUGAGUUGCAGUGUGUAAUGAUGCAUUAUUCCAAGAGGAAAGUGCACAAUUAUUAACUGUGGGCACUCCUUUUUGCCCCUGGUGCCUGUCACCAGUGAGAAACACGAUGAAGUUGCUUGACCAUACGCAAUUGAUCGCUGGUGAGAGCGAGUGAUACAACUUUCAGCACACGAGGCAGGAGUGGGACAGAGAAUGGGCGGCUUUCCGUUUCUGAUGCUUCCGCUGUAUCUCACCAUCUUCUGUACAGUCCAACACGAAAUAUCUUUCACUUGUGCAGCGCCUAUGAAAGAACCCAAGAGAGACCACAUCAGCGACGAACCGUGAAAUGAGUAAGCCAUGCUGUCGCGCAUUGGCUUUCGAUGACCUUUUGCUCCUUUUGUAUCUGAUGUUCGUACCUAACCUGUGUGGAACAGAUGGCCAAAGGUGACCAGUGUUGUUAUGUUUCAUUGUGCACUUCUGUGUUGUUUUUGCUCCCCACAAGAAGAAGCCAAAAGGUGUACGAGUUGUUGUUGGAUGUGCACCCUGUUGAAUGUUGAUGUGAUGGAAAAAAUAGGAGUGCCUCUAUAAUACAUGAGUAUUCAGAAGCUAUUUCCUGAUGAUUUUCAAAGUUGCAGGCCUGAUUGUUUAUGAGCAUGUAUUCUAGUCACUGAGUUGUUUCCUUUCCAUGUACUUAGUUUGUAAGCAGAUGCUGUGUUUGCUGACACGGGUUCACGUGCGCGUGACUUCUAAAUGACUGAAUGUAUUAAUGUCAAAUGCGCCUCACGUCCACCUCAAAUUUUUCAGUGCAGUUCCUGUAUUUCUUUCUUAAAUAAUGUGCAUUUAUUUUGGAGCUAUGACUUCGUGCACCGUAUUAAUGCAGUGUGAAUACAGUGGCAUUUGCAGAAGCCUAUGGAGUGCCUGCACUUAGCUAUACCUGUUUUCACUUCCUUCACUUGUUGUUGACUGCAUUGUUCUGAUGUCUAGAAAUGCAUGUGGCACCGCAGUUGUGCAAAGUGAGCUCAUGUUCAAACCUGCAUCUCAAAACAGGUGGGCAGUUUGUGCGCAGUGUGCCUGUGCGCCCAUAGCUCGUUUCCGAGCUCGAGCCUGCACAGAUGUCGUUGGUGCCGCCUCGUACCCUUAGAAACAGCGCAAUAUAAAGCCAGCACAAGCAAGACCAGUGCUCAUCCUGUAUCGUCCUUCUUGUCCUUCGUUUAUUUCAUACUGUUUUUUAGCUACGCUCCUAUUGCAGUAACCUCCGUCGAGGUGCAGAUCUUUCUAUCUUAAGUCUUCAGACUUAUCUUCAUCAAGUCUUGAGCUAAAAUUUGCUAGAGAAAUGUAUAGGUAACUACAACACUAGGUGCCACGUACCAGUUACCUAAAAAUUACACAUUGCUCUUGUAAAUGUCGCUCUGCUUGAUGCCAUGACCUUCAGACAUGAUAAAAAGUUACUAAAACUUUGAAUUCUGCACAGAUGUCAUCAUUAUUUAAGGUGACGGUAUAGCUGUUACCUUUAUAAAGGUUACUGUGAUAGGAGUGUAGCUUUUGCAAAGUAUCCUCUUGGAUCUGAUAGUUGUUCAGUAUUGAAAAGCUGGUGUGCUUUGUAUAUUGCAGUGUGUGAAAACAGUAUAAAAUUGCACAAACAUGAGAUGCUCGGGAUUUGAAAAAUUAUUUGCAUCUGCAGGUUAUUAGCAUGCUGUCCAUAUAAUUUCUCUUCUGCUGUACUUGUUUCCGAACUAGUCGGCUUUAGAAAACUGAUCAAAUGAAGCCAAGAGACAGCCACAAACGUAAAUGAAAAAAGUACAUGGUCUCAGCAAAUAUGUGCAAGUUCAAUAAUGAAUAAUCUGUGAACUCCUUGCACAACUUGUGUCAAGAACUCUCUGCUUUAGGAUAAUUCAUUGUGGUAAAAUAAUGUAACUACCAUAUUUUCUGGUGUACAAUUUGCACUGUUGAAUAACUUGCACCAUUCCCACAAGUAAGUUUUUAAAGAAUAGGUUGGUACAUAAAAUGCGUGUCUUGUACGACACUACUACUCACUACAGAGUCAGUGCGAUCAAACGCGACACACGUGCUUGCAUUUAAUGAAACAGCAUAAUUGGAAUGCUUUAGUUUAGUGCAAUCUGCCGCGGCAGUGCAAAACACACGUGUACAAUUGUCAACAUGAAUUGCACUAUACUAGAAAUAACCUUUUUUUUGUUUUGGAGCACCCAGUUUCACUUAGUCUAAUGCAGUGUGCAUGUGUAAAGGAGAAAAAUUUGUUCUUUGUUAUGGUUGUCAAAUUUCUUCUUCUCGAUCGCAUCAUCAAACAGUCAUUUAAAAAAACAGCAUCGCAAAUGUGCGUAUUUGCUCGGUUCCCAUUUUCAAGUGCAAAUACAGCAGCAUGUGAUGCAGGCAUAUUGUGCACCAAAAAAACAGAGGCACCAGAAAUUCAGUUGGCAUGGCAUCCAGGCUAAUGAACGUUGCCACCUUAUCCUGCCAUGUGCCGUCUUGAAAGCUUGUUGCACUCAUGCUAUCUAAGAAACCACACAGGCACUUGUUGUCACUGCCAUGGCAUUGCGAGUUGCCUGCACAUCAAAUCCUAUAGGCUGACAUGCACUACCAUGACCGUUACGCUGCUAACGGGAGGGUCUGACACAUGUGGCUGUCGUAAGGCUAUUCAAAGAAAAAGAUAUUAAAACAUAUACAAGUUCAAAUUCAAAUUCGGAUUGUUUAUUAAUCCUUGAAAAAACAAUAGGAAUGUGUCCGACACAACAAGUUGCGUCAUCACAGCACAGACACAAAUUAACCAAAAACGAGAACUUAUACACCAGGAAACAUGGUAUGGUCUCAUGAAACCAAAUAGUAUUAACCAGAUUUUUGUAUGAACUUCAUGCAUGGGCCAAGUGUGACACCAGCGAAUAACUGAUGCUCUUAUGUUCAUUAAAUUGGUUGUUAAUACUUGCUGCGUGUCUUGCAUGGCAAGAAGUCAUCUUUAGCAUCACUAAAUUAUGCAGGUUAUAGAGUAUUUUAACUAAGGCAGGUGCUGUAAGGGCUGCAGACAAAUUCUUGGUGCAGUUGCAUGGAUGCAUGAACGCACUGUCACACUUAAUUUUUGUUCCCCUUAAUGUGAACCGGAAGCGCAGUUUAACUAGAAGAAAAAAAAAAGACGCACUUUAGCCCAUUGACGUCCUCUAAGAACUUGGCACUGCGGUAACCUAAUGCCACAUUUCCAGAGUGACAUUCUUUUGAUCGCACUGAUCGCAUUCCAGUUGACUUGCUGCAACCUGUGUCACUUCUGCCAUUGUCCCCCUUCGAAGAUUUUGCAAAAAUGGUGCUUUAAGUGAGCUUAGCUGUUUUUUGCAGUGUGCCGUUUUAUGCUUUUCUUGCUUGAACCUGUCGUCCAAACUGUCUCUCAAAGUAGAUGGCUUGAUUUUCCCAAGUCUAGUCCAUGUUUCCGUUGUUGGCGGUGCCAGUGCAUUCUCAGGGCAGCUUUUUCCCUAUGCGCCGGUGCUUUCAAAGGGUGCACUGCGCAGUAGCCUUGGUGGGAUGACAAUCUCGCACUCGUUGACACUAACUCAGGCGUAUUUGAAUUAAGGUGCAUGCCAAUAAAAAGAGAAGGAAGCACAUUGUGCAAGGUAUCUUUUUUUUAGUAAUGACUGCAGGGAUGAAUGAAUUUUUUAAAUUCUAUUUACUAGAUAGGAUGACAUUGGUGAAGCAGAACAAGCCUGCCCGCAAACAUUUGUGAGCGCUGUGCUGAAUAGGCUUCCUCAUAAAUUAUUUAUUUCUGUCUAAUAAAGAAAUAUGCUGAACCUAA